ACCAAACUCGACAAAGAGAUCUCACGGGCUUGACAGAUUUCAGAUACCUCUGCUCCCACCAUUUCCUUUCAAUCUCAAACUCUGCACCACCUCUCACUCAUUAUCUGCGAUGGAAAAUAUCGAGCACAGUCAUGUUGAAGUGAAGGGACUGAAGCUGCAUGUGGCUGAGAUUGGAAGUGGUCCCAAGGCAGUGGUAUUCUUGCAUGGAUUCCCGGAGAUAUGGUAUACAUGGCGGCACCAGAUGAUUGCUGUAGCCAACGCUGGCUAUAGAGCGAUUGCCUUUGACUUUAGAGGCUAUGGACUUUCCGACCAUCCGGCUGAGCCAGAAAAAGCAACCUUGUAUGACCUUGUUGAUGAAGUCGCUGGCCUUCUGGAUUCCUUGGCCAUCACCAAGGCUUUCCUGGUGGGCAAGGACUUCGGAGCUAUCCCAGCAUACCUUGUAGGUGUUGUGCACCCAGAAAAAGUGAUUGGUGUCGUAACUUUAGGCGUCCCUUUCAUGCUUCCAGGUCCUUCUGCUGUCCAGAACCACCUUCUCCCUAAUGGCUUCUAUAUCACUAGGUGGCAGGAGCCUGGGAGGGCAGAAGCAGACUUUGGCCGCUUUGAUGUCAAGUCCAUCAUACGAAACAUCUACACACUCUUCUCUAAAAGCGACAUCCCAAUAGCCGCUAAUAAUCAGGAAAUCAUGGACUUGUUCGACCCUUCGACUCCCUUACCCCCUUGGUUCUCAGAGGAAGACCUUGCAACUUAUGCCUCACUUUAUGAAAAAUCUGGUUUCAGAUUUGCUUUGCAGGUUCCUUACAGGAGUCUCACAGUGGAUUGUGGCAUAACUGAUCCUAAAGUAACGAGUCCAGCACUGCUGAUUGUGGGAGAGAAAGAUUAUGUCCUCAAGUUUCCAGGCAUGGAAGACUAUAUCCGAAGCGGGACAGUGAAACAUUUUGUGCCAAAUUUGGAAGUCAUAUACGAGCCGGAAGGAAGCCACUUUGUGCACGAGCAGCUCCCUGAGAAGGUGAACCACCACAUCAUCCAGUUCCUCAACAAGCAUAGCAGCUGAUUAUCUACCUCGAGGCUAAAAGUUUACUGCUUUCAACUUGUGCUUUGGUUAACGUUUCAAUCCAGCUGUAUGAGUAGUAUCGCAAGCCUGUCCUCACAUGGGGAUCAUAUGUAAUAAAGUACAAAUCUAUGGAAUAAAGUUUGUUUCAGAUUUAUGCCCAUGGCGACGGAACGAACAACGAAGAAAACCCGACAUGCAGUUCAACUGGAAAUGUUUGGUCUCUUUAUGCAGAGCACACAAUUUAAUUGAUCAUUUAUCUUUCAGUUUGGUAA